UUUCUUGGGAAAAAUUAAUGACAUUUUGUUGAUCAUGCAACUUUAAUAUAUAGAUUUUGAUAAUAUGUCGGACGAAAGAUGAAACACUUUGCUUCAAAGUCGAUAGAAUCAUGCUCAUUUUAGCAUAGUUUAGUCUUUCAAAUAGAUAAUCUGAUGAUAGGUUUGAUAUUCUCGUUUUCUCAGAUUCUUGAAAAUUGUUACCGAGUUUUGCUAUAAGCGCUUGAAUCACCAAAAUUCUCCAUUGAUGGUAACGAUGCUCUAAUCUAUUUUUGUUCUUCAGAAGAAGCAUUGAAAUCUCUUCAACAAACUCAAAUCCUCCCCUCUAUUUCUCUACAAAUGUUACUACCUUCUCAAAAUCUCUUCAGAUGUUCCAGCCGUUUGAAGUUUUGUUCCUUCACCAACUCCCUUCCCAGAAGCAACAAUCACUUCUCUCCCUCAAUUUCAUCUUCAUCCCUCCAAAGCCUCAAUCAAUUCCACUUUCAUGCACAUAAGUUACUGACCACUCAUAACAAUUCAACUUCCCGCCACCGGAUUUAUUGCCAUUGCGGCAUUGGAGUUUACGAAUCCGAAGACGCUGCACGGAGUGGCGAUUUCAAUUUAGAAUCGGUUCUUUUGCUUUCUGAAUCUAUUUUUCUCUUCUCUUCUGCUGUUUUCUUGGUUGUUUUUGUUUUGAAUUUCGUGGGUUCUAGUUCGAAAAAGGGGAUUUGGAUGUUGAUGUGUGAUAGGGGUUUAGUGUGGGGGUUUCCUCUGCUAGUGGCUACGGUUGUUCUUAACUCGUGGAUUCGAAGGUUGCAAUGGAGACGAAUAUGUUGGGGGAAAACAAGUGGUGGGUUGAAGGUGAAUUUGUUGGAUAGGUUUGAGAAAUUGGAGGAGGAUUUAAGGAGCUUGAUGAUUGUGAUCCGGGGUUUGUCUCGGAAGCUUGAGAAGUUGGGCAUAAGGUAUAGGGUUACACGAAAAACACUGAAGGAUCCAAUUGCCGAGACUGCAGCUUUAGCUCAAAGAAAUUCUGAGGACGCUCAAACUUUGGCUGUGCAAGAAGAUAUUCUUGAAAAAGAACUCCUUGAGAUGCAAAAAGUCUUGCUAGCCAUGCAGGAACAGCAACAAAAGCAACUGGAACUGAUUGUUGCUAUGGGAGAAAAAAGGAAACUCAUGGAAAGCAAACAAACGCGGGAUCAAGAACGGACAAGAAUUGAUAGACAAAAUUCCGCCAAUGAGGAAUUGAAAGAACUGGAAGCUUAUGAAAUCUGAGUGCCUCACAAAGGAUUUUGUUGAUGAAACGAGACUGAAGUGGAAUUUCUACGCAGUAAGGUGGGUUGUUUCUGUACUUGUGAUCUUGAUUCUUGUGGCUGCUGUUUUCAAAUUUUUGAUUUGGUAGUUAUAUGAGAAUGCUGAAGAGGAUUUGAGCCUUUUUCAGCAAUGGUAUGUAUGGAAUUUUGGAAUAUUCAUAGCAUAAUGAAGAAUUUGAAUUGUCUGA